GAUCUUUUAGUGAGUUUAGGUAGUGAACAUGAGGCCAAGUUGACAUUACCAGAUGUUGGAGCAGAGCUGGAUUAUUACCCUGGGACCAUGGUCUUCAUUUCAGGAAAGGUCCUGGAACAUUCUGUUGGGUUAUGGAUUAAAGGAGAAAGGCUUGUCAUUGCCCAUUUUAUGAAAGAUAAAGUUCAU